CGUCGUUCUCUGUCGUCGCCUCGCCGUCGUGCCUGAGUCGCCGUCAUCGCUGGGUCGACAGGGGAAAUUGUCUCCCGGCGUUGGCGCUGCUGCUGGUGGAUCGAAGGAUGAGAAACGAGAAAGAAAGUAAUGGAGGCGGUGCUCCUGCUGUGUUGUUUCUAUGCAUGGGCGACGGUGGUGGUUGUACAUGCGGAGGAUCCCUACCUAUUCUUCGACUGGAAGGUGACAUACGGAAAGAUGUCACCCCAUGGCGUCUCAAAAGAUGUCAUCCUAAUCAACGAUCAACUUCCGGGCCCAAAGAUCAAUUGCACCUCAAACAACAACAUUGUCGUGAACGUUUUUAAUGAACUAGACGAGCCUCUAUUGUUCCAUUGGUCGGGCAUCCAACAGAGGAAGAACUCGUGGCAAGAUGGGACCCCCGGAACGAUGUGCCCCAUCAUGCCAGGAACAAAUUACACAUAUCAUUUCCAGGUGAAGGAUCAGAUCGGGAGCUAUUUCUACUUCCCAACCACCGGCUUGUUACGCUCGGCUGGUGGCUACGGGGCACUCAAUGUCCAUAGUCGUGCCCUCAUCCCUGUCCCCUUUGACUGGCCCACCGAAGAAUUCAACGUCUUCUUGAGCGAUUGGUACAAUAGGGGUCACAAAGAGCUAAAGAAAGCUCUCGAUGAUGGUCAGACCAUUGCAAGGCCUAAUGGGCUAGUGAUCAACGCGAAGCACGGGCAGGUCGGGGAUAAAUUAGAGCCUAUAGCAAUAAUGGAGGCUGGAAAGACGUAUAGGUUCAGGGUGUGCAAUGUGGGGAUGAGAGCCUCAAUGAAUUUUAGGUUUCAAGGACAUGGGAUGACACUAGUUGAAUUAGAGGGGUCUCACACAGUACAAAACGUGUAUGACUCGCUUGACCUCCACACCGGACAGUGCCUUUCUGUUUUGGUGACGGCCGAUCAAAAGCCCAAGGAUUACUAUUUUGUGGUCACCAGCAGGUUCCUCAAGAAACAGCUCUCCACCGUCGCCCUUGUCACCUAUGCUAAUGGAAAAGGCGUCCCGGCCUCACCUGAGUUGCCACCUCCUCCACCUGAGGACACUGAGGGCAUUGCCUGGUCCAUUAGCCAGUUCCGAUCCUUCAGGUGGAAUCUCACAGCUAGUGCUGCCAGACCCAACCCACAAGGAUCCUACCACUACGGUCAGAUCAACAUUACCAGGACCUUGAAGUUGGUGAAUACCAAGAGCGAAGAGGGAGGAAAGCUGAGGUACGCAAUCAACGGCAUCUCUCACACGGACGGGAAUACCCCACUAAAACUGGCUGAGUACUUUGAGAUGCCGGAGGCGGUGUUCAAGUACGACAUAAUGAGUGACGAGCCACCAGAAGACGGGAGCAAGGUGGUCGUGGCUCCCAACGUUGUGAACGCCACAUUCCGUAACUUUGUGGAAAUCAUAUUUGAGAACCACGAGAGGACCAUCCAGACCUACCACCUGAAUGGCUACUCGUUCUUCGCUGUGGGAAUCGAGCCUGGGAGGUGGACCCCGGAGAAGAGGAAAAAUUACAAUCUGGUGGACGGGGUGAGUAGGCACAACAUCCAGGUGUACCCCAACUCAUGGGCCGCCAUAAUGACCACACUUGACAAUGCCGGAAUGUGGAACCUCAGGUCGGACAUGUGGGAGAGAUUCUAUUUGGGACAACAAUUAUACGUUAGUGUCCUAUCCCCGGCACGCUCCUUGAGGGAUGAGUACAACAUUCCUGAUACUCAACUGCUGUGUGGUUCCGUGAAGGGCAAGCCCAUGCCUAAACCUUAUACUAUCUAAACUUUAUACGGAGAUUUUUUUUUAAAUUUUCAAAUUUUCUAUAUUAUUAUCAUUUUAAAAAUAUUAAUUGUGAAAUCUUUUUAUUUUUUGUUUGGUCAAAAGAAAAGAAGAAGAAAAAUAAUAAUACUAUCUGAGUUGUCUUCCUCAUUCUCUCUCACUUUAAUGCUUCAAAAUCUUUACUUCAUUCCUUAUACCUUUCUUUUCCUAUCACAACACUGUUUACUCUCACUCCAUAUUGAGAUAUCGAUUGGAAAGACAAAGAGAAAUAGAUCGAGCAGAGCCGCAGAGCUAGAUUUAGGUGCUUCUCUGGAUUUGUUCAAAGAAGGGAUGGAGACGAUUCGAGCCGAGAAGCAGGUACAACUUUGGUUUUGGGCGCUGCUCUAAAUCUGUUCGAACGGAGAAGAGAAAACUCAAGAACCAUAUUCUGAUAUUCAAGAUCUAUGGCUACCUGAUUUAUCCUUUAUAUUUAUGCACAAAAGAAAAAUGCAUCAUUGUUUACCUUGAUUUGUACUACAUUCUCAUAAAAUAGAAUUCUCCCU